CGGUGAUUAUGUAAUCACAUGUAUUUCAUUUCUAGCCCGAUCGGAUCUAGCAGAGCUUGUUCAUCUAUCUUCCCCGCACAGUACUUACCAUGUUCAUCCGCCCUCUCCGCCGCCUUCUCACUCGUCCAACUGCCGUCUCACACUUCCAUACAUUUCCACCAUCCUUAUCUUCGAGGAAAAUUCUACAGAGCUUCAAGCUUGCUGAUAUUGGCGAGGGUAUCACAGAGUGUGAAGUCAUCAAAUGGAAUGUCAAGGAACUUGGCGCCAUCCAAAGCUUUGAUCCUUUAUGCGAGGUCCAGAGCGACAAAGCCAGCGUCGAAAUCACAAGCCCGUUCGAUGGUAUAGUGAAAGAGAUUCUGGUGAAGGAAGGUGAAGUUGCAAAGGUUGGCCAAGGACUCUGUGUGAUCGAGGUUGAUGAGGAAUUGUCGGAUAGCGAAAGUGCAGAGCAGAUAGAACCUGCCUCAUCGGCUUCACCAGUGCCGUCGCCAAUAAUUCCAAACUCCAAAGUUGUGGAAGAUGCUGUCUCUCGGGCCGAACAGAUCCGUGAGGAACCGUCUGCACCCAGAAGACCACACCCCAUGGACCCAAACUACUCACCUUCUACUCCCGAUGUUAACCGUGAGAACGUGCUCGCAAAGCCUUCAGUCCGUCAUUACGCUCGCCAGUCCAAGGUUGACCUUGCACUUCUCUCGGGCAGCGGACGUGACGGACGUAUCGAGAAGAAGGAUAUUGAUGCAUUCCUAUCACAGCAAGCCUCUUCUGUUUCAGUAGACCUCGGUUCAGUUGCACCACGAGCGCAAACCGAACAAGACGUGAUUGUCGAGCUUGGUCGGACACGUUAUGGCAUGUGGAAAGCUAUGACUCAGAGUCUUGAGGUUCCACACUUUGGCUACUCGACUUCCCUCGAUCUCACAUCUCUCCAUUCUCUUCUCCCAACACUCAAUUCGCAUAUACCUGAACAUUUUGAUCCCUCCAAAUCAUCAUCACUCCCAAUUAACCCUUCCGCUCUGCAUCCCGCGCCAUCUCCUCCUCCCGUACCAGAAAGCGCCCAAUUCACCCGUCUCACAUACCUCCCCAUACUCAUAAAGACGCUUGCAAAGGCCAUGAUGGCAUGGCCCGUGCUCCGUUCCUCCAUAACGCUAGGUAGCGUAAAUGGGGGAGGCAAGCCUACCCUUACCAUCCGUCCGCACGCGGACAUCGCUGUUGCUCUGAGCACCCCGACAGGUCUAUACACACCUGUCAUACCCCAUGCAGAUACGCACAGCAUCUACAGCCUAUCUUCACAACUCAAGCAUCUUUCUUUCCUCGGCCGUCAAGUACCAUGCGCACUCACGAUGAACGAGAUGCCGAAACGUGGUGCAACGGUCACGAUAUCAAAUAUAGGUGCAAUCGGCGACGGAGAGUACGCACACCCUGUUUUAGUACCUGGGGGUGGUGUCGCGAUCGUGGCCAUAGGCAGAGCAAGAUGGGUGUGGGACGUCAGUAAGAGUGACCGUGGGGAGAGGAGGCUCAAAGUUGGCGUGAGCUGGAGUGCGGAUCAUCGUGUGCUAGAGGGUGCAGAGUUGGCUGCGUUUGUGGAGUCUUGGAGGGCAUAUGUCGAGGCACCUGAACGACUUAUCGGAGAAGGAAUAUGAGCCUAGUUCAGAUGCUCGAUGGAGGCUGUAUUUUUAACAUCUGGACUUCCACGUUAUCGUUUUGCAAUCAUGGUCGGGAGCAAGAAUACUGAUAUCACGAUUUCAUACAUUGACACUGUUCAUAUCUACCACUGCAUGAUUGGUCCUGAGGCAUGCGCAUGCAAUUGCCAUGUGAGUACUUUGUCGACACAUGAUGCGAAUAGGUCGCGGCACUUUGCAAUAUUGAUUAUCUACGUCGUUUAAUUAUAACCAUGCGACAGGUUGCCCUUGUAAC